AUGUUAGACAUCAAAGUUCUGCUGUGGCUCUGUAUUGUGAAUAUCCAUGUUAUUAAAGCGUCACUACCGUGCCCGAAAUAUCUCUGUACGUCGGAAGUGGAAAGAUUACGUGACUACAUCAACAUAAGAACUACGAGAGAUAAAGAUUUAAGUCAGGCUGUAGAUUUUUUGAAGAGGUUAGGAGCAGAACAAGGUGUAGAGGUAACAGUGUUUGAGGCCAAAUCCAACUAUCCUAUAGUGAUAUUGAAAUGGCCGGGACAGGAUCCUACAUUAAAAAGUAUUGUUCUUCUUUCUCAUUUGGACGUCAACUCAGCUUGUUAUGAGGAUGGUUGGAAAUAUCCUCCUUUCUCUGGUGAAAUCACUGAUAACUGUGACAUCAUAGGACGAGGAACUCAAGCACAAAAAUCUUUAACAUUACAACAUUAUGAAGCUCUAAGUCGAUUGAAACAAAAUAAUGUAACUCUACUUCGAACUGUUUAUAUAGUUGUAACAUCAGAUCAAACAAUUGGCUCUAGUUAUGGUAUACGGCAGUUUAUUAAAACUAAAACCUUUGAAAACAUGAACGUAGGCUUUGUAUUAGGUGUGGGAGGUCCAAGCCCCCAACGGGUAAUCUACCUGUAUAAUGAAUUUAAAACAAAGUACGUAAUACGCAUUGAUUGUUAUGGACCGUCUUCCUCUAGUGCUCGUAUACCACGUCUCAACAGUACUGCAGUAGAAGUGUGUGAAAAUGUCUUUAGAUCUUACAAUCGCUACAGAGAACAGCAAUACAGACUGUCGUUGAGAAGUAACAAUUUUGGAGAUUACACAGUGAUCAAUUUUGUUGGAGGACGGAACCUCAUAGAAUACGAUGUAGUACCAGCGCAUCUUAAAGUCUACUUUGCAGCUUACUUGGCUUUUGAUACCUCAGUCGAAGAUUUCAUUGAACUUGUACGUGGAUGGGUUUCGGCUGCAGGUGGAAAUAUAACAGUCAGUUCAAUCUACAAGGAAAAGGGUAUUUAUUAUACUAAGACUGACGACAGUAACCCUUACUACGUCGCACUACAAAAUGCUUUCGAUGAUCUAAAUAUAUCAUUUGAAGUUGUCUCUUCGGCAACUACUACGGACACGACAUUUUUGGUAAACGCCGGUAUACCAGCCUUUGGAUUGUUCCCAGUACUAGAUACACCGCUGCUUGUUAACGCGGUCAAUGAACUGUUGCCAAUACGCAGUUAUUUAGAAGGAAUAAAGAUCUUAAAAGUUAUAAUUUCGCGUCUAGCUAACAUACCUGAUGAGAAAGUUGGAGAUGAUCCACGAGAGUACUUAAUUUCAUCAAAAACUCAUAAGUAA